AUCUCUCUCCUCGGAAACGAUCUCUCAGCUCUCUUUUUAAAUGGCAGCAAAGCAAAAACUUCCUUCCUUUUAAAAACCCCCGUCUUUUUGUUUUUUCAUUCGAAAUCUUUCGCCUCGAGACGAAGAAAAAGAAGAAGAGAUCGAUUCAACUCGCCUUCUCAACUCGGUCUCUCUCCUUCUCUCAACCAUUUUCGUGUCGCGAUUCAGCUUUUACUUCAGCUGUGAGCUGCACUUCUUCGGUCUUAGACUGUUGAUUGCCAGCUAGGCUGCUAUACUCCAAAAAUGUCUCGAGCAGAGGACUUAUGGGAGCGGUUAGUAAGGGCUGUGUUAAGGAGGGAAAGAACUGGGACUGAUGCACUUGGUCGGCCUGUUGGUGGUAUUGCUGGAUAUGUUCCGUCAUCGCUUACUAAUAAUAGGGAUAUAGAUGAAAUUUUGAGAGCAGCAGAUGAAAUUCAAGAUGUAAAUCCAGCUGUGUCUAGAAUUCUAUGUGAACAUGCUUAUUCACUUGCACAAAAUCUGGAUCCUAAUAGUGAAGGAAGAGGUGUUCUACAAUUCAAGACUGGUUUGAUGUCUGUUAUCAAGCAAAAGCUGGCAAAAAGGGAGGGUGGAACCAUAGAUAGAAGCCAGGAUAUUGCUCAGCUGCAAGAGUUUUACAAAUCCUACAGAGAGAACAACAAUGUAGACAAGCUACGAGAAGAAGAAAUGCAGUUGAGGCAAUCUGGUGCUUUUACUGGAAUCCUUGGCGAGUUGGAGCGGAAGACAGUGAAGAGAAAAAGAGUUUUUGCAACUCUGAAAGUUUUAGGAUCUGUACUUGGGCAACUAACAGAUGAAGUUCCCGAAGAGCUUAAGCGAAUGAUUGAAUCCGAUGCCACCAUGACUGAGGACCUUAUUGCUUAUAACAUCAUUCCACUGGAUGGCCAAACUAUGACAAAUGCUAUUGUUACUUUCCCUGAGGUACGAGCAGCAGUAACAGCUUUGAAGUAUUUCCAGGGCCUGCCGCAAUUACCAGAUGGUUUUCGUAUUCCUGCUACAAGAAGUCUUGAUAUGCUUGAUUUUCUGCACUACAUUUUUGGGUUUCAGAAAGACAAUGUUUCAAACCAGCGGGAACAUGUAGUUCACCUCCUUGCCAAUGAACAAUCUCGACUUGGUAUCCCUGAUGCAACCGAAUCGAAAUUGGAUGAGGCUGCUGUGCAUAAGGUAUUCUUGAAGUCACUCGAUAAUUACAUUAAAUGGUGCAGCUACCUGUGCAUUCAACCAGUGUGGAGCAAUUUCGAAGAUUUAAGCAAGGAAAAGAAGUUGCUCUUUGUUUCCCUGUACUUCCUAAUAUGGGGCGAAGCUGCUAAUGUUAGAUUUCUUCCAGAAUGCCUGUGCUACAUAUUUCAUCAUAUGGUCAGGGAAAUGGAUGGGAUAUUGAGGCAGCAAAUUGCUCAGCCAGCAACAAGCUGUGAUUCCAAUUCUGAGAAUGGCGUAUCAUUCCUUGAUCAAGUUAUUGCUCCUUUGUAUGAUGUUGUUGCAGCGGAAGCAGGAAACAAUGUUAAUGGACGAGCACCUCAUUCCUCUUGGAGAAAUUACGAUGAUUUUAAUGAGUAUUUUUGGUCACUUCAUUGCUUUGAACUCAGUUGGCCGUGGCGCAUGGCUUCAUCCUUUUUCCAGAAACCAAAACCAAGGACAAAGUAUUUGCUUAAAACUGCUGGAAGUCAACGUAGGGGGAAAACUUCGUUUGUUGAGCACCGGACGUUCCUUCAUCUUUACCAUAGUUUCCACCGUCUGUGGAUAUUUCUUGUUAUGAUGUUUCAGGGACUCACUGUCAUUGCUUUUAAUGAUGGAAAAUUUAACUCCAAGACACUGCGGGAAAUUCUAAGUCUUGGUCCAACAUUUGCUGUGAUGAAGUUUAUUGAAAGUGUGCUGGAUGUUAUAAUGAUGUAUGGGGCUUAUUCUACAUCAAGACGUCUGGCUGUGACUCGAAUAUUUCUUCGUUUUGUGUGGUUUUCUUGUGCUUCUGUCUUCUUAAGCUUUCUCUAUGUGAAAGCUCUCCAGGAAGAGAGUAAACAAAAUUCAAAUUCAGUUUUUUUCAGAUUGUACAUGAUCGUUGUAGGCAUCUAUGCUGGUGUCCAGUUUUUUAUUAGUUUCCUCAUGCGAAUACCAGCUUGCCACCGUAUGACUAAUCAGUGUGAUCGGUGGCCAUUUAUUCGCUUCAUAAAGUGGAUGCGCCAGGAACGCUAUUAUGUUGGGCGUGGCAUGUAUGAAAGGACUAGUGACUUCAUUAAGUACAUGCUCUUUUGGUUGGUUGUUUUGAGCGGAAAGUUCUCAUUUGCGUAUUUCCUUCAGAUCAAGCCCUUGGUGAAACCGACAAGGACUAUUGUGAAUAUGACUGAUAAUCUGAAGUAUUCUUGGCAUGAUCUUGUAUCAAAAAAUAAUCAUAAUGCCUUGACAGUUGUUACCUUAUGGGCUCCAGUGAUUGCUAUUUAUCUUUUGGAUAUCUAUGUGUUCUAUACCAUUAUAUCUGCUAUUUGGGGAUUCUUGCUUGGAGCAAAAGACCGCCUUGGGGAAAUUAGAUCUUUGGAAGCUGUUCACAAACUUUUUGAGGACUUUCCUGGAGCUUUUAUGAAUAAUCUUCAUAUCCCACUCCCCAACAGAAGUUCCCACAGCUCUUCAAGUCAGGAUACCUUGGAGAAGAGAAAAAUUGAUGCUGUUAUUUUUGGACCCUUUUGGAAUGAGAUCAUACACAAUUUAAGGGAAGAAGAUUAUGUCACCAAUUUAGAAAUGGAGUUGCUUCUGAUGCCUAAAAAUUCUGGGAACCUUCCCUUGGUUCAGUGGCCCCUUUUUCUUCUUGCCAGCAAGGUUUUUUUGGCUAAAGAUAUGGUGGAGGGUAGUGAUUCACAAGCAGAGCUGUGGGAACGGAUUUCAAGAGAUGACUAUAUGAAGUAUGCCGUUGAGGAGGGCUACCAUGCCCUUAGAUUUAUCUUGACAGAAAUAUUGGAGGGUGAAGGAAGGAUGUGGGUUGAAAGGGUUUAUGCGGACAUUGAGGGCAGUAUUGCAAACAGGAGUAUUCAUAUUGAUUUUCAGCUGAAGAAACUUUCACUUGUAAUUACACGAGUUACUGGACUGCUUGGAAUUCUGAAAACUGAAAAAGCAGACCAGGAAAAUGGUGCCAUUAAAGCUGUACAAGAUCUGUAUGAUGUGGUUCAGCACGAUGUCCUUUCUGUCAACAUGAGGGAGCACUAUGAGACGUGGAAUUUGCUGUCAAAUGCAAGGACUGAAGGUCGUUUGUUUACAAACUUGAAGUGGCCAAGAGAUACAGAGCUGAAAACGCAAAUCAAGAGAUUGUAUUUGCUUUUAACAAUCAAAGAUUCUGCUGCAAAUGUCCCCAAAAAUAUUGAAGCCAGAAGGAGGCUACAAUUCUUUACAAAUUCCCUUUUCAUGGAUCUGCCUGCACCAAAGCCAGUUCGUGAGAUGCUAUCCUUCAGUGUAUUCACUCCAUAUUAUUCUGAGAUCGUUCUUUAUAGCAUGAAUGAACUUCAAAAGAAAAAUGAGGAUGGAAUAUCGACUUUGUUUUACCUCCAGAAAAUAUAUCCAGAUGAGUGGAAGAACUUUCUUGAUCGUAUUGGCUGUGAUGAGAAUGCACCAGACUCAGAGCUCAUUAAUAAUCCUGAUGACAACCUUGAACUUCGGAUUUGGGCCUCUUACAGGGGACAAACGUUAGCCAGAACUGUCCGUGGGAUGAUGUACUAUAGGAAAGCUCUAAUGCUUCAGUCUUAUUUGGAGAGAGUGGCGUCUGGAGAUGUGGAAGCUGCAGUUUCUAUUAAUGAUACAAAUGAUGCUAAGGGCUUUGACUUGUCUCCGGAAGCACGAGCACUGGCUGAUUUAAAGUUUACUUAUGUUGUUACGUGUCAAAUAUAUGGAAAGCAGAAAGAGGACCAAAAACCUGAGGCUGCUGAUAUUGCAUUGCUGAUGCAAAGAAAUGAAGCUCUUCGUGUUGCUUUCAUUGAUGAGGUUGAAUCUUUGAAGGAUGGUAAAGUGCAUAGAGAAUACUAUUCGAAGCUUGUGAAGGCUGACAUCAAUGGAAAAGACAAGGAAAUAUACUCUGUUAAGUUGCCUGGGAAUCCAAAACUUGGAGAAGGAAAACCUGAGAAUCAAAACCAUGCAAUUAUAUUUACUCGUGGAAAUGCAAUUCAGACAAUUGAUAUGAAUCAGGAUAAUUAUUUUGAGGAGGCCUUGAAGAUGAGAAAUCUGCUGGAAGAAUUCCAUCAAGAUCAUGGUAUUCGACCUCCAACCAUUCUUGGUGUUAGGGAACAUGUGUUUACAGGAAGUGUCUCUUCUUUAGCCUCAUUUAUGUCAAAUCAGGAAACUAGCUUUGUAACUCUCGGUCAGCGUGUUCUGGCUAAUCCUUUAAAGGUCCGUAUGCAUUAUGGACAUCCAGAUGUUUUUGACAGAGUUUUCCACAUAACUCGGGGUGGUAUUAGCAAGGCCUCUCGUGUUAUCAACAUCAGUGAAGAUAUAUAUUCAGGGUUCAAUUCAACUCUACGCCAAGGAAAUGUCACCCAUCACGAGUAUAUUCAGGUUGGCAAAGGACGAGAUGUUGGUCUCAAUCAGAUAGCUGUAUUUGAAGGGAAGGUUUCUAGUGGUAAUGGUGAGCAAGUUCUUAGUAGGGAUGUCUACAGGCUCGGGCAGCUUUUUGAUUUCUUUCGAAUGAUGUCAUUCUACUUUACCACUGUGGGAUACUACUUUUGUACGAUGUUGACGGUGCUGACUGUAUACAUUUUCCUUUAUGGGAAGGCAUAUUUGGCACUAUCUGGAGUAGGUGAAGAAGUUGAAAUUAGAGCACUGAUAACGAAGAACAAUGCCCUGAGUGCUGCUCUGAACACUCAAUUUCUCUUUCAAAUUGGUAUUUUUACUGCUGUGCCAAUGGUUUUGGGCUUCAUCUUAGAGCUGGGAUUCUUGAGGGCUGUUGUCAGUUUCAUCACAAUGCAGCUUCAGCUCUGCUCUGUCUUCUUCACAUUUUCAUUAGGCACAAAAUCACAUUAUUUUGGUAGGACCAUUCUUCAUGGCGGUGCAAGGUAUCAAGCCACUGGUCGUGGAUUUGUGGUCCGCCAUAUUAGAUUUUCUGAAAACUACAGGCUUUACUCCCGCAGCCAUUUUGUCAAAGGACUAGAAGUUGUGCUUUUGCUGGUCGUGUACCUUGCAUACGGGUAUAAUGAAGGUGGUGCAUUAUCUUACAUUCUUCUUACAGUCAGCAGUUGGUUUAUGGCUCUAUCUUGGCUUUUUGCUCCCUAUUUGUUCAAUCCAUCUGGAUUUGAGUGGCAAAAGACAGUGGAGGACUUCAGUGAUUGGACAAAUUGGCUUUUUUACAGAGGUGGAAUUGGGGUUAAGGGACAAGAAAGUUGGGAGGCUUGGUGGGAUGAAGAAUUGGCACAUAUUCGGACUUUGAGUGGGAGGAUAAUGGAGACUCUUUUGAGUCUAAGAUUCUUUAUCUUCCAGUAUGGUGUUGUAUACAAACUUCAUAUACAAGGAAGUGAUACAUCAUUAUCGGUGUAUGGCUUCUCUUGGAUUGUGCUAGCUGUCCUUAUAAUUCUUUUCAAGGUGUUCACUUUCAGUCAGAAGGUCUCUGUCAAUUUCCAACUUUUGUUGCGCUUUGUACAAGGUGUCUCCUUCAUGUUAGCUUUGGCUGGUAUAGUUAUUGCAGUUGCGCUUACAGAAUUGUCAGUGAGUGACAUAUUUGCAAGCAUCUUAGCAUUUAUUCCCACUAUAUGGGGAAUUUUAUCCAUUGCAUCUGCUUGGAAACCUGUAAUGAAACGCAUGGGAUUAUGGAAAUCCAUCCGUUCAAUUGCCCGCCUAUACGAUGCUGGGAUGGGGAUGCUGAUCUUCAUCCCAAUAGCAUUCUUGUCUUGGUUUCCAUUCGUUUCAACCUUCCAAACCCGGCUCAUGUUCAACCAAGCCUUCAGCCGAGGACUGGAAAUUUCUCUCAUUCUUGCUGGUAACAACCCCAAUAUUGGGAUAUGAUGAACAGGUUUGAUCCUAAAGGAGAGUUUCGUUUUUCGAGUAGUAUUGGUUUGAUCUUACUAUAUCCCUGUGAUAGCAGCAAACCAGUUAGGUUACAUUUUAGCUACGUGAAUAGCAAUGUAGCAUUUGUUGUUAUAUUGUAUAUUAGAUUCUGUGGUUACAACAUCACGCAGUUUAUGAUUAGUUAUGUUUAUACAUUUUCAGCUAAAAUUUUCAACCGAUUUAACAUGUAAAUUUUGUGCUUUAGUGGCUAAUCUGAAAAACCCUAUAGAUUGUUAAUUCCAUCUUAGCAGUGGUAUAUUGCUGCUGAUUACCCUUUA